GUCACGCAUAUAAUUAUCAUACAUUAACAUCGCUAAACAAAAAAAACGCGGGAAAAAAACAUCCCGUCAGCCUUCGCGCGCAACUUCCGCUUUACAAAAAAAUUCGACAUAUCCCCCUCCACCCCCUCAGAAUCGUGAGACGCGUAAAAAAAAAAAAUUUGUAAAGUUCUUUUUAAAAAUCAAUUAAAAGUAAAACAACGUUCGCUCAUCACCCGUCACAAUACUUUAACUCAUCGAUGGAGGAGGAGAGCCAAGCUGUUGGCGGCGUGGACUCCGCUCAGCACGGAUCCACGACUCCCGUGUGCAGACGCCGUCCGCUGAGGAGGACGCCUCAAGGUUUCUCCAAGUUGCUGGGAGCGAAAUUCAAGUCUCCGGUCCCCAGAGUGAAGGCGGCGGCGUGGCAAGGGGACAAGGAGUCCCUCCGCCGCGAGAUGGACAGCGUUCGGGACCGCACCGCGGCCGUGGACCUGGAGAUCGGGCAGCUCACGGCACAAGGCUGCAGCCCAGACGAGUUGGAUGUCCACAUCCGCAAGUUGCACGACUACAACGAGCUUAAGGACGCGGCGCAGAGCCUGCUGGGUCAGCUGGCUGUCCUUCGUGGCAUCACAACCCGCGACCUCUACAGUAACUACGGACUCGAUGUGGAGGACUGACCGUCACCACUGACGUCACCACCACCGUCACCACCACCGUCACCACCGUCACCGCCGUCACCACCACCACCGUCACCACUGACGU